AGCGCGCAUAAAUAGGACACAAGAGAACAGAACACAAGCCAUUUGAUUUCAUUACAACUUAGGAACUACGAAGUUGUUUUUGGUUUUGGUUGUUCAAGUUGGGGAGGUCAAUGUCAAUGUCAAUGUAAAUGUAAAUGUAAUGACCGAGAGCCAUGUGAUACUCGUUUUCUUAAAAUCCACAUGGAAAUGACAAAAAGGCCCCUCUAUGUAGUACUCACUCUAAGCUAAGCUAAGCUAAGUGGUGGGGGUGGAGGAAGAAAAAACAAAAGUGAAAUGGAGGGUCACGGAGGAGGAGGGAACAGGGCCGAAGCGGAGCGCUGGCUCUACACGGCCAACAAGGUCUUGAGCGCACGUGACCUGCACGGGGCCCGUUCCUUCGCGAUCCGGGCCCGAGAGUCCGACCCGAGAUACGAGCCCACGGAGCUGCUUCUAACGGUCAUCGAUACCCUCAUGGCGGGCGAGGCCCGGAUCAGCGACCACCUCGAUUGGUACGCCAUACUUCAAGUCCUCCGCUACACUCAGAACAUCGACUACAUCGCCGCCCAGUACCGCCGCCUCGCCACCCAACUCGACCCUCACCACAACCCCUUCGCCUUCGCCGCGCAUGCUUUCACUCUCGUCCACGACGCUUGGUCCGUACUCUCUAACCCUAACAAGAAAGCCUUUUACGACAAUCAGCUCAGAAUCCUCACUCAACCUGCUCCUGCUCCUCCUCCUGCUCCUCCUCCUCCACCGCCGCCUCCUCCUCCUCCCGCUCCCGUGACCUUCUUCCCGAUUCAGCCCUCGCAUCCGAACCUAAAUCAAAACCUUAACUCGAACCUAAUUUCGAGCCCGACGCCCCGAAGGGAAAGCCCGGGGAGGCCUAGGGUUGAGGCGCCGAGUCAAGAGGAGAAUCUCGAAAGGGAAAGGCCUAGGGGUGAGGUGCCGAGUCAGGAGGACAAUGCCAGCGAGUUGACUCGGGCGAGUGAGAGUGUAACGGAGGGGGCGAGUUUCUGGACAGCGUGUCCUUACUGUUACGUCAUGUACGAGUAUCCCAAGAAGUACGAGGACUGUACGCUGCGGUGCCAGAGUUGUCGGAGGGGGUUUCAUGCGGUGGUUGUACGGUCGCCGCCGGUUAUGUCUGAUGGUAAUGGUAAAGAUGGUUACUUUUGCAGUUGGGGUUUUUUCCCUGUUGGGUUUUCCGGCGAUUUCAAGGAUGUGAGUGGGUCUUCUUCCAAGUGGAACCCGUUUUCCCCUUUGUUUCCUUGCCCUACGAAGGGGGAUUCGGGAAACAGGAACAAGAAGGGGCCUUGGGUUUUUUAUGAUGAUGACGCCUCUGCGGAGUUCGUGGAGCAUUCCAUCACCACGGAGGAUGAUUCCGAUGACGGCGACUGGCGAGGCGGGCCUCUGAAGGGGACCAAGAGGAGGAAAAAGAAAAGGAGAGGCAGUGGUGAUGUUAGAAGGGUGCCACUGGUUGAGAGGCCUAGGAGGGGGGCUCGUAGUGGUGAUGGUAAUGGUAAUGAUGGCAAUGUGGGGAAUGGUGAGGCUGUGGAUGGAGCUGCCACCGUGGCGGCAGUGUCGGUGGUGCCCGAGCCUAGCAAGAAGGCGGCGUUCGGUGGUUCAAGGAGGAGGAGUGAGAGGAACGUGGGGAAGUUGGAUUUGAAUGUGGAGUUUAGCAAUGAGGUGGAGGAGCCUGUGCAUGGAGGGGGUGAAGGGAACGGGGAUGGGAAUGGGACUGGGAAUGCUGAGGAUAAUAUUGAAGGGAUUGGAUUUUUUGAGGGGCUGGAUGAGUUCCUCAGUAGCUUGCCAAUUCUCAAUGUUGUUGCAGAUGAUAAGGUUAAGGGUCAUUAGUUCUGUUACUUCUGUAGGUAGGCCCUUGCUUUUUAUUGUGGUAGAUCUUAGUUGUAAUUUGGUACUUGUCGCACCAAAUGAUGCUGAUGAGCUCCUUUUUUGAAUUCUUAGUUAUUGUUAGUCUUUUAAUAAUUUGCGGCAAUACUUCCUCACUUUGUUUUGAACUAUCUGGGGAGGAUUUCAUUUCUCUGUCUCCUGUUGUGUUGAGGAAGGAUAUAUUACUCAUUCAAGUUUAAUCAGGUCUCUGUGUGUGUGUGUCACGCACACAUACACAAAUAACUGAGAGCUCGGUUUGGAGUUUUACCUGGUCCUUAUCCAAAUUGUAUGCGUGAUAGUCAUCUACUAAUCUACUAUGUAGGUAAUUUUUGUUGGCA